AUGAAAGAUGUUGAAGAAGAAGGUGCAAUUAACACUGGCUCAAAUCUUUUCGUCACUGGCAUACAUCCCCGCCUCACCGAAGCCGAUGUCUCUCGCCUGUUCGAGAAGUACGGUGAAGUCGAAAGCUGUUCCAUCAUGCUUGAUCCUCACACCAAGGAGUCUCGCGGAUUUGGCUUCGUCAAGAUGGUGACAUCGGAUCAAGCUGAAGCUGCCAAGGAAGGUCUACAAGGUGAAGUCAUUGAAGGCCGUACCUUGAGCAUUGAGAAAGCUCGUCGUGCCCGUCCUCGCACUCCGACCCCAGGAAAAUACUUUGGUCCUCCCAAGCGUGGCGAUUUCCGUGGCCCGCCACGUGGUGGCUACCGUGACCGUUACGACGACCGUCGAGGGGGAUACCCACCACGUCGUGACGACUACCGUGGCGGCUCCCGUCAUGAAGACUAUGACCGAGGCUCUUCUCGCCACGAAGAAUAUGGCGAACGUCGCGGCUACGGCGGCAGACGUGACAAAGAAGACGGCGGAUACGGCGGUCGCGGUAUUGAUCGAUACGAGAGUAGACGUGACGAUGGCUACAGCGGCCGUGGCGACCGUGGAGACCGACGUGGCUACUAUGACCGCAGCGAUGACCGCGCCUACGCUCCACCAGCACGUGAAGAUGCUGCUCCUCGUGACUACGCUGCCAGUGGUGGUGGUCGUGAGUACGGCCGUGAGGAUCGCUAUGCGGGCAGAUAA